AUGAUGACAACUGUAAAUCCUGUGAACGACUCAGACGUUCUACUUGGUAAGGGCAAAGGAUUGUAUGAGCACUCCGGCAACCAACGUUACCGCACCUGGGUUGCACAAACGUACCCAAAAUACGAUGCAGCUGACAGCAAUGCUAGUAAAAUGGAAAUUGCAAGAAGUCUCGUGCUUAAAGUGCCAAAGCAGAAUCCUCCAGGCCGCUUUUUGGGAUAUGAUGAUAAGAAACAGUUGUAUGAAUUGAAUCUUGAGGAUAAGGGCGACAUGAAAGAGGCGAUUGCCAAGACAAGACGGGAUUUCAACAACCACAGGGCCUACCUGAAGAAGGCAACUGGACAUUUCAAAGUGAAUCACUGCUUGGAGGUAGUGACCAAGGCCGAAAAGAAGCUGGAGAAAGCAAGGGCCGAGCUAAAUGCAGCAAAGGCGGAGCUAGAGAAAGCGCUGCAAGAGAACGAAGACGCCUACAGCGUGGAAGGCGAUGGCACUGAUGACGAGGAAAAUUGCGGUAGUCCCGAAAUUGGUUAUGGGAGCAAUUUAUCACAGGGUGAGCGGUCGCCGAUGCCAACGUUGGAAGAAUUGGUUGGUGAAGACUGGGUUGAUGCUGUUAUGGUGGCAGGUUGUGGCGAACCACCUGCCACCACCACUACCGGUACACCUUCCAUCCUUGUCAAAUAA